AUGAAAGCCAAAGUUAAGGUGGAGCAGGACUUGGCCUUCUCCCUGGAGGAGCGUCACCAGCUGGGGAUCCAUGGCCUGCUGCCUCCGUGCUUCAACAGCCAGGACAUCCAGCUGCUCCGGGUGCUCAAGAACUACGAAAUGAAGAGGGACGACUUGGACAGAUAUGUAUUUCUGAUGGGGCUCCAGGACCGUAACGAGAAACUCUUCUACCGGCUGCUCACGUCAGACAUAGAGAGGUUCAUGCCCGUCAUCUACACCCCCACUGUGGGCCUGGCCUGCCAGCAAUAUGGCCUCAUAUUUAGAAGACCGAGGGGGCUCUUCAUCACUAUUCAUGACAGAGGCCACAUUUCAACAAUACUCCAGAACUGGCCAGAAAAGGACGUCAGGGCGGUGUGUGUGACGGACGGAGAGAGGAUCCUGGGGCUGGGGGACCUGGGCUGCUGUGGUAUGGGGAUCCCAGUGGGAAAGCUGGCCCUGUACACAGCCUGUGGAGGUGUGCCGCCCCAGCAGUGCCUGCCUAUCAUGCUGGAUGUGGGCACAGACAAUGAGGUGCUGCUGAAGGACCCUCUCUACAUUGGCCUGAGACAUGAGAGAGUGCGAGGCCGGGCGUAUGAUGACCUGCUGGAUGAAUUUAUGAAGGCUGUGUCAGACAGGUAUGGAAUGGACUGUUUGAUUCAAUUUGAGGACUUUGCAAAUGUUAAUGCCUUCCGUCUGCUGAGCAAGUACCGCAACAAGUACUGCACGUUCAACGAUGACAUUCAAGGUACUGCUGCUGUGGCAGUAAGCUGGACUUCUGGCCGCUCCUCCGCAAUCACUAAGAAGCAAAACGAUGGGGAUUGCAGAGCUGAUCACAUGGCCAUGGAGAAGAGGGACCUUGCGCUAAGGAUAGAGUGUCUGAAAAGAUCUGGACUGGUGGAUUCCAAGGGUCUCAUUGUCAAGGGCCGGGACAGCCUGACUCAUGAGAAGGAGAGGUUUGCUCAUGAGCACCCACAGAUGAGGAAACUGGAGGAUGUUGUUCAUGAAAUGAAACCCACAGCCAUCAUUGGUGUGGCAGCUAUUGCUGGAGCCUUCACUGAGCAGAUCAUCGCAGACAUGGCUUCCUUCAAUGAGCGGCCAAUCAUCUUCGCCCUCAGUAACCCGACCAGCAAAGCUGAAUGCACUGCUGAGCAGUGUUACACCAUCACACAGGGGCGGGGCAUCUUUGCCAGUGGCAGCCCAUUUGACCCCAUCACCCUGUCUGAUGGGAGGACGUUCUACCCUGGUCAGGGAAACAACGCCUACAUCUUCCCCGGUGUGGGCCUGGGGGUCAUCGCCUGCGCCGUCCGACAUAUUACUGAGGAGAUCUUCCUCACUUCAGCAGAGGCUCUGGCUGACCUGGUGACAGAGAAGGACCUGGCAGAGGGACGGUUGUAUCCUCCUCUCAGCUCCAUCAGGGAGGUCUCUCUCAAACUAGCUGUCAAGAUCAUCGAGUAUGCCUAUAAGCACAACAUGGCAACACUUUACCCGGAGCCAUCCAACAAGAAAGCAUACGUGCACUCACUCACCUACAGCACUGAUUAUGAUGAGUUUGCUGUGGCCUCGUACAGCUGGCCGGAGGACAGUAUGGCUAUGCAGUCAUGCAAACUGUAAUGCACUGGACAACAGAAUGAGGCCAGGGGGUGUAGGGUAACUACUGAAUGCAACAUAAUCACAAGACAUGAUGUUGGGAUAGGAGCAAGGGUGUGCGUAGAAUUUUCUCAAUGAUAUAUUUCUGUGAAAUGAAUGGUGGCAACACAUAGAGGUAGCCUAUGCUUUAUGUCUGUGAUGUCUGCCUAUGGUAGUUUGAAAAUACAUUUUAACAAACAGUUAAUUCAAAAAUUGCUGAAAUUAAGAAAGCUUAUAAAAUGUGAAAAGAAAGCCGUUUGCCGAACUUGUGAAAUAUUGCACUUGUGGCUGUUAUCACAUUACAUUCUAUGAUAAUAUAUCUGGGGAAAGACCUAGUUAGUUAGUUUUACUGUAAAAAGCAGUGACUUCAUGAUUGUCAGCUAUAAUCCAAAAACGUUUUAUCAAAUUAAAAUGGUUUUGAUUAAUGUUU